AUGAGCCCGGCUAAUGGAUUUUACUCAGGUAUGAACCAGGCAAUCGCACUAGGCCAACACUGGAAAGAUACGCACAUCACCGCAGUAUAUUGCUCGGAUCUAAAGCGUGCGCAUACCACAGCUCAGCAGCUGGUGGCAGCUCGCUCUCCCAAUACAACCGCCUCCCCUUCAAGCACAGACGACAAGGAAGGCACUCAGCUUUCUCCAAUAGUGAACCCUCUUCUUCGUGAGCAGAACUUUGGAAUAGCAGAGGGGAAACCAUGGGCUGCUAGGAAUCCCAAUACGACAAAAGACCCUAACGAAACGGAAGAGGAGGUCUAUUAUACUAUCUAUAAUCGCCACGAGAAAUUUCCCGAUGGGGAGUCGCUAGACGAUCUUGCAGAUCGGGCAGAAAAGGCUUUGGACCAAACCGUCUGGUCGCAUGUCCAAGAAGCCCUGAAAUCGGGUGGACACGAGAACAUUCACAUUGUCGUGGUUAGUCAUGGCCUAGCUAUCUCGGAACUUGUGGCUGCCUCCCUCUCUGGCAAGUCAUACAGCGGCCUCGUUAAUACUGGUUGGACGCAGCUGCAAAUAGAUAUUGAACCAUUCUCACCUGAUCAACCUGAGGAACGAGUUGUUACGAGAAUAUUCACAAAAUCUGUCAAUAACUCCCCUCAUCUAAUCAAUGUG